AUGAUCAACGAUGAAGCGUUCGAUGACCAACAGCCAGCUGACGAAGUGACGGCAGCUACGAUGAGAAGGCUCGCUUUCGAAAAAAUGGAUGAUGAUUACUAUCUAGGGGGAGCUGUUGGUGAUGAAGUAUUUGAUUCGGAUGAUGAAGUCAGCUCGGAUGAUGAGGUGAAGACACAAUUGCGCAAACUGGCCGGUAUUGAGAAGGAAGUGACAAAGGAUGCAUUCGGAAGACGUAGAAGACGUUCAGAGUUCGAAGAUGAUAUGGACGAUGAACUUGACAGAAGUAUCACUGAAUACGCUAGUGAGCAUCUUGGUAUUAAACCAAAAGUUGUGGAAAUCGAAGAUGCUCCUGAAAAAGAAGUUGAGACUAAGAAAGAAGAGAUUGUGAAUCCUGAACUGGACGCAGAGUGUCGGAAUGCAGACGAUCAAUGGCGUCAAGAAACAGAGAACGUUGAGAGAAAAAUGGCAGCUUUGGAACUUCUUCCAUUCGAUGUUGAUCUUACAGACAGUGAAGUUGAUCCUGAAAUGCCAGCUGCCGUUCUCAAAGAUAAAAGCGGACAAGCGGUCAAGUUGGUGUACAGUUGUAAAAACGGAGAGGUUUUUGAUGUGGAAACCAGACGGAAGUUACAAAAAGAACGUCGAUUGCGCAUUGCUGCUUCACGUCUUCCAGAAAAGCAGCGACGAGAGAACUUGAUCAAGACUGUUGUGGAUACUUUCAAAACUAAUGAUAUUGAGAGUCAUGAAAGACCCAUCAAGAAGAAAUAUGAAGAAGGAGCAUCAACGUCUUCGCCACUUGCAUCGAUUCUGAAAAAGAAGAUUUCUCCGAAGAAAAUGAAAAUGGAAGAAGAUGAAGUGAAAAUGGAAGUUGAUAAUGUUGAGGAGGAGAAGAAUCCUAUCAAACGUGCUGCAAUGGAUCGUAUGAAAGAGAUUGAGAAGAACGAUGAGUUGUUGUAUGAUGACCAAGAAGACGAUGAUAAUGAGAAAUGGGUUAAAGAGCACCGCAAGAUUGCAAGAGGGCAAGACGUUCCUGAUGGUGAAGCAGACGGCGUUCUUUCUUGUCCAGGAUGUAUGGUAGAGCUCACAAGAGACUGUCAACGUCACGAGAUCUACAAAACCCAGUACAGAGCCAUGUUCGUUUCAAACUGUACACUCGAUGGACAGAAAAUGUCAAUCGAAAAGACCGGAAAAGAGAAAAGACGGGAGCGUCAGAAGGCCAAAAAAUCAGGAAAGGCAGAUGCACCGGCGCUACCUGACGAUUCGGAUCUGUAUACGCAAGUGAAAUGUUCUUCAUGCGGAACCAUUGUGGCCAUGAUGGAUUCUGAUGAAAUUUAUCAUUUUUUCAAUGUGCUCGCCGGUUAUUCUUAA